AAAGGGGCGUGACGGAGACUGCGCAAUCGUCAUCUGGAAAGUUCUCUCAUGAGGAGAGUUGGCUAAAGUUUUGCUCCGCGUGAAAAGUAUAAUAUCGGAUGCUGGUUCUCUCAACUGGGAUGUGUACACCACCGUUGAGUAUAGUCGGAUAGUGGUUCUCUCAACGCCACCUUUGAGUAUGAGCUAUAUACAUUUGAUGGUUGUCCUCAUCUGGGCCCUCAACCCCAUGGCGGCAGCUCAAUCUGGCCUUGAGUUGACACAGACAGGAGGCAGCGUCAGGAACAGGAAACAGCGGGACAUCUCAUGCAGGGAAAACCUGGAGUACCCACAUGACAACAUCUGCUGUUUGAAUUGCCCAGCUGGUAAAUAUGUCAAAGCGUACUGCACGGGUGCCUUGGAGAAAGGAACAUGUGAGGACUGUGACCUCGACACAUACACAGAGCAUGAUAACGGACUGCCACAGUGCUUAAAGUGCACUAAGUGUCGCUCAGAUCAGGUAACCACAAAGACAUGCACCAUCACUCAGAACACAGAGUGCCAGUGUAAACUAGGGUAUUUCUGUGCCCCUGACCAAGCCUGCGAGGUGUGCAAAAAGUGCUCAAGAUGUAAAGACAAUGAGGUGAGGGUGAAGAACUGCACCACUACGUCCAACACGGUCUGUGAGACCAGACUGCCCACAUCCAGCACCAUCUCAGGUAAAACUCCAGGCCCAGUAGUUGUGAUUGUGGUGGCAGUACUGGGUAUCACUGCUGCACUUGCCGGUGUCUAUUGGAUGAGGCGAAAGCUCUUUAAAAGGACAGACACCCAGAAUAAUCCCAGUGGGACGCUAAAAGUUGUGGUGGAUGAUCAAAAUAACAGGUCAAUUGAGGAGAGGCAGAACAACCAGAAUGCUGUGCUGGAGGACACACAGCUCGAUCUCUUGCUGGAUCAGACCCAGGCGGUGGGUGCCAAAGCCUCAGAGGAUGAGGACAAUGGACUGGGCGACAGUCUCCCCAACACCACCAACUCCUCCCAGUCCAGUCUGUCUGCACUACCCUCAGCCCCCCUCCCCAGAUCCUCCCCGCUUCCCAGCCCUUCGGCCAAGAGGCAGCCUGGCUCUUCGGCUGGGGAAAAUGUCCUCAUAAAACUGGUUCCUUUGAAUGGUGAUGAGUCCUUGAAGAAAAGUUUUGAACUUUUUGAAGAGCUGGAUGUUCACUACCAUAACAGAUUCUUCAGGCACAUCGGACUCUCUGACAAUGCUAUAAAAAGCUCUGCGCACCUUCAUCCUGAAGAUCGAGUCUAUGAGCUGUUGAAAGUAUGGUUGGAGAAGGUGGGCAUGGACGCUGACAUGAAUGACCUAAUCAAAGCGUUACUUUAUUUUGGCCAAAGGUUAUCAGCAGAAAAUAUUAUUUCAAAAGCCAUUGAAAAUGGUUAUUAUGAAUAUGCAGAAAAUGAAUUGUGAAUGUAUGCCUGCUUCUAUGGAGUUAUGGGGAAAAUACAAAAAAUACUUGGAUGAGAUGUACAGUGUGAGUCAGAACUGAGCCAUAUGUGUGUUGUUAAAUGAUCCCAGGUACUUGCUGUGACAGGCCUAUUGGCUUGCUGUUGAGUCAUUUCCUCUGUACAGUUUCACACAGUGAACUGUUAGGCUAUGCACUGGCUAGUGACUAGAGCUGGUGGUGGAUGUUUAGAGUAGAGUUUCACAACUUCAGUCCUCCAGUACCCCUAACGGCACAUUUCUGUUUUAGCCCUGAACAAGCACACCUGAUUCAACUUGUCAACUAAUCAUCAAGCCCUCAAUGAGUUGAAUCAGGUGAGUUUGUAAUGGACUACAGCAAAAAGUUGUGCUUUUGUAGUUACUGGAGGACUGGAGCUGGGAAACACUGCUGUAGGGGAACGGGAUAAUAUACACCGGAUGUUGUCUACGCUGACGUAGUGCAUAGUGAUCGGGCCAUUAUGGAAUGCACUGAUCAAGGCAUGGACUGGCCUGACUGUAUUUUAACCCUAUUACUUUUGACCAGGGCUCUGUUCAAAAGCAAUGCACUAUAUAGGAAAUAGGGUGGCAUUUGUAAAGUACUCCCAGUGGUGUCUCUUGAAGAGUUGGCAAUGAAUGUAAUACACCUAUUUACACAUGAUCAAAAAAUACAGGUAAUUAUGAGAUUUAAAAAUAUAUUUUGGUAUUGUAGAGCAAUUUAUUGGUUGUUGUGGUUGUUUAUUUAUAUUGAUGAUGAACCUUGAUACUUAUCUCAAUUUGGCUUCAUCAGGAAAUGAAAUGCUGUCACUGUCCACGAUAUUGCUACAAAGUUCUGUCUUAACACUGAUAAUGCCAAAGUUCCAGUUGCUCCUUAAGCAAAAAAUGUAUGUAGAGUCUUGUUUUAUUUUAUUUUUUACAGAUUUUGAUUUAUUUGAAGGAUGUUUCAGUGUAACCAAGUGUUUAAAAUGGCAUUGACCAUUUGGUAUUUGUAAAUGGGCAAUGUUGAUCAGGUCAUGAGUUCAGAGCAGGUAGUUUCCACUAGGUGGUGCUAUCUAUGGAAAUAAUCUAGUCUUCUGCUGUCUAAUGAUGAGCUGCUAUUCCCAGCCUGUAGUACUGUACACUGUAUUUAGUGAUGUAGUAUUUAGCAUGGCCUUUUUAAUGUUGAUGGAAUGAGUGAGGUUAGUCUCUCAUGAUUGCAAAAGACAAUCUUCUCUCUACAUUGUUAGCUAUGUUCUUGUCUUCACAGAUUGCCCCUCAAGACAGUUUCACUAACAUUCAAGUAUUUUCUUCAUAUCUCCUCUGUUACCGUUUACAGAAUAUUUCCUUGAGUUGAAUCCAAAGUGCAGUUGCCUUGCCAGUGUCAUUUUUAAUAUAACAUUUCACACAUGAUGUAUGUCAAUAUUUAUUAUUUUAUGUCGCUGUUCUUUACAACUAAAUAUGAUUUUUUUUAGAUAAAAUUGAUGGUAAUGCAUCAGUUUUGAAAUAAAUAUUCUAUUAAAAUUGAAAUGUUAUGCCCUUUUCUAAAUAUGUCUAACUAGCACCAAAUAUCACUCAAAUGUUUCACGUGGAUAUCACUCGAGUAUGCUUUUUGACAUCAAAGAGAGAACAUCAUGGAUUGUUCUGUUGACAUGUUCUUUGAUGUCAUAAUUGUGUGUUAUUCCAAAAGGUCAUUCUGAAUCAAUAAAUUGUCAGAAUAAUAA